UGCCUUUCGGGGGGCAGCGAUGAGAAGCAGAGCCAUUUGAUGCCCACCCAGGGAAGAGUGGGGCUGCCCCCUCUUGGUGCCAGCCCUUGAACCUGCACAGUGGUGGCAUCCAAGCAACCCAAGCCAACGCAUAAUCAGCCAAACCGAACCAAGAGGAAGCAGAAUAUUUGAGAAGGCUCCCAGCAUCUCAUGAAUGAACUAACGGAACUCGAUAAUGCUGGUUCUCCAGAGCCAGGUCUACGGCUCAGAAAAGGACACAUGUCUGACACUGCAACAACACAGGAGGCAGCCUUUGAAGAGGACAGCUCUGAGCAGAGGCUUCUUUUAGUGGAGCCACCUCUGUCUUCUGACCAGGAAAAUUGUUCUGAGGAUUAUAAACACAAUGAUGAGUCACCUCAAGAAGACGAAGGGUUUAUGGGUAUGUCACCUCUUCUACAAGCCCACCAUGCUAUGGAGAGAAUGGAAGAAUUUGUGUGUAAGGUAUGGGAGGGCCGAUGGAGAGUCAUUCCCCAUGAUGUUCUGCCUGACUGGCUAAAGGACAACGACUACCUGUUGCAUGGACACAGACCACCCAUGCCUUCCUUCCGGGCUUGUUUCAAGAGUAUCUUCAGAAUACAUACAGAGACUGGUAACAUCUGGACACAUCUUCUAGGAUGCGUGUUCUUCCUUUGUCUGGGAAUCUUCUACAUGUUCCGGCCAAACAUGUCCUUUGUAGCACCUGUGCAGGAGAAAGUGGUUGUUGGAUUGUUCUUCUUGGGAGCCAUACUCUGCCUCUCUUUCUCAUGGCUCUUCCACACAGUUUAUUGCCACUCAGAAGGUGUUUCCCGGCUCUUCUCCAAGCUGGAUUACUCUGGCAUUGCACUUCUCAUAAUGGGCAGCUUUGUACCCUGGCUGUACUACUCCUUCUAUUGCAACCCUCAGCCUUGCUUCAUCUACUUGAUUGUGAUUUGUGUCCUGGGCAUUGCAGCCAUAAUUGUCUCACAAUGGGACAUGUUUGCAACCCCUGAAUACCGGGGUGUAAGGGCAGGAGUAUUUCUAGGUCUGGGUCUUAGUGGGGUUAUUCCCACCCUGCACUUUGUCAUCUCUGAGGGGCUCCUGAAAGCAGCCACAAUGGGGCAGAUAGGCUGGCUGGCACUCAUGGCAUGCCUGUACAUCACUGGUGCUGCACUAUAUGCUGCCCGCAUCCCGGAGAGAUUCUUCCCUGGCAAGUGUGACAUCUGGUUCCACUCCCAUCAGCUGUUUCACGUCUUUGUAGUGGCUGGCGCUUUUGUGCACUUCCAUGGGGUUUCGAACCUCCAGGAGUUCCGUUUCACAGUUGGAGGAGGCUGCACAGAGGAAGAUGGGAUGCAGUAAAACCAGCCUUCAGCCCAAGAUCGUAACCAAAACAGUACCGCAAGCGCGGUUGAAGCAUACAGGCUAGCGAAAUGAAUACCUAAGAAGAAUCCAAGUUUCAUCUGAUGGGGCAUGGAGCUUCAUGGGGAUUCUGACUAACCAAGAUAAAUUCUAUACCUCAAGCAAUGGAAUGAAUCAAUUUGAAGACCAGGAAAUUCUGAAACCCUAAUUUAUUCUUGGGAUCUACAGAUUGAGCUACAGAGGACCCUUCCAAAUCGGCUUCUGUUCAAUGCCAUAUUUAUUUGUAGAAGUGGGGAGGGAUAGCUUAGCAGUUUCCUUUUUUUUUAAAAAGAAAAAAAAAAUCAAGGUUAAAUUUAUAUCCUCUUGGAGGGUUUGGGAGUUGAUUUUAGAUGCUCUUUUGGGAGAAAAACAAAUUGUAAAUAAGAUUUCUAACUUUCUGUUUAAAUAAAAUUUAUAUAAAUGUUUUAAACAAUGGGUGGGGGGGAAAAGGGUUUUUGUAAAGAAUGCAACAUGCAAGUACCACACACUGUUUCAAUUUUGCACAAAAUAAAUGAUUGCAGGAGGACCAGGUAAAAUUCCCAGGAGUGAAGCAUGUUGGCCCUGCAGAUUUUCCUGGUGGCCAGCAUGCCCUGGGCAAUGUGGGGUCCUGGCCAGCACUUGGAGUAGGUUCAGUACGUGUACACAAGGGUUGUGAAGGCUGGAUUGAUCAUGUUGUCGUCCAGGUCACAGUGUUAGCAAGUUUAUUUACUCAAGUAACCUGACAGAUAUAUCUGCGCCCUGCCUAAGCGUGUGGGACAGCUGCCUUCCAAGCUUGAGUGGCCUGUAUAGUUUUGGAUAGUGAAUGUUACAGUAAGUUGUUUUGGUUCUCACCAUAUGAAUUGGAGCAUGAUGGGAUAACUGCACAUGAAAUGGCAAACGGUCCGACUCCAUCAGUGCCUGCCUAUACCCAAAGGCCCCCGUUGAGUAGAUGGUUGCUAUUUGUGGGCCUGCUCUUUUUUGUCUGAACAAAUGAUGGUAAUGCACUUGUCAAAAGAUAGUUGAGCAUGUGAGUGGAAACACAGGUGGGGUUAAGAUGGACUGGAAAGAGGAAGCUGUGCGCUCCAGGACUUGGAGUUAACAGUUACUGCAGACCUCAAGCACAUUACCUUCUCAUGUGUCAGGCUCCAUAUGCCGAGGGAGUUUGCAGGUUUUUCUUUUUAAGAGGAAAAAUCCACAAUCAGCCCAAUGCAAUUCCUUUUUUUUUUUUUUUUUUUUUUCCUUAGGUCUGCUUCCCAUCUGUGCUUUAGCAAUGGGACUGCUGGUAUUUCUUAAAACUAAGAGUUCAGUUGGAUUGCUGUGGAGCAGACACACCUCCUAUAUAAGGGGAGGUAUAUACCCUUCUCUUGUGUAAUUGAUGUAGCUUGAUCUUUGGAGCCCAGUCAGAAGCUAGACUGAAGGAGAAUCUUUGGAGUCGUAAGAUGAAACUUGAACGUUUUGUUUGUUAUGGCACAGGUAUUGCUUGGAGUAUUUAGUUGGAAAUUCAGAGCAAUUACCUCUCUCAUAGAUGAGUUAAACAGCUCAUAAAAUGCUGUAUUUCACAAGGAAGGAAGGUAAAGGGUGGUUUUUUUGUUGUGUGUGGGUUUUUGUUGUUUUUUUUUUAAGACUCGUGCAAGUUUGAAUUUUCAUCCUUCAAGAGAAAAAUGUGGAUUGCAAAGAUCUUCCCAUACCCUGGAUAUCACGGAGUGUGUUUUGGGGAGUUACUUUGCCUAAUCGAGUCCAAUAGAAGCAGAAUGCCUUCCGAAAGUUGACUGGAUAUUAAGGCUUCACCCAUCGAAUGGAGUCUUUGUAAAGCCUCUGAGAGCAAGGUCAGCUGCAGAAAGCGGUGCCGCAGCAGAGUCUGCGAGCUUAGGGGGACGUGUUCUCAGUAGGAUAACUACACUGGAUGCCUGUAGGGCCAGAAGUUGUUUAUCACAGGUCUGUGUGGUACUAAAAUGAAGUAAAGAGCAGUAUUAACUUGGAUGCAAGGGCUAAUAGCACUGGCAUCCCUGACAAAGAUGUGGAGUUGCCUGGCAGGAAGUAUACUGGUGUGUGAGAAAAGCGUGGUGCAUACUGGAAUCAGUUGUCUGUAAGGCGCUUUGGGAUACCUCUGUAACAGUACCAGCAGAAGUGGCAGUCUCCGUGCUGGAUCAUCCCACCUUCACUCCUUGAAGGGUGAUUGUAACCUGGUCCUACGCAGCACAGAACUAUUACAAAAACACAGUACUCCACCUGCUAUUCUUAACCCAGUCAGUCUCUCCGUUUGGGAAGUUCGUGUGUUCCAAUAAAAACAACCUAGCUGUGCACUUUUCUGUAGCUCUUGCUGAGAACUCUUCCCAGGUUGGCACCUGAAUGCCUUACUCUCAGCAGUCAGAGGCUUGCUUGCUCUGUGUGCAGGUUAUUGCCAUAGAAUAGUUAGGACCUACAGCUUCUUUCCUUCCCCAUUAAAUAGUGGCCUUGUUCAGUAUAUUUCUUUUUAAAAAUUGCUUACUGUUGAAAGCAAUGAAGCACAUUCUGGGGUUUUGAUGGUUGGGGACUCUGGUGAUGGUUCCAUAUAAGAUGGGAUCUUAUUACGUGCUGUAUUCUUAACUUCUGCUAAUAAAAGAACCAAAUGGA